UCUAUUAAAGCAAGCCAGCCGGCAGAGGAGCCUGAGAAGCGGAAAGCCUGAGCCAACCAUGGAGAAGGACGGCUGCAGCGGCAGCCACCGGGGCACCAAAGAGAGCCGCGCGGGGACGGGCAAGGAGCAGGGCUACGGGGACGCUGCCGGGGACCCGCAGGCAGCCGUGAACAUGCUGGCUUCCCUGGACGUGGGGGACGAGCAGCAGCUGGAGAAAGGCGCGCGGGCGCACAAAGCCAAGGAUCCCAACACCUACAAAGUGCUCUCCUUGGUACUAUCUGUCUGCAUGUUAACAACAAUCCUUGGGUGUAUAUUUGGAUUGAAACCAAGCUGUUCCAGAGAAGUCAAAAGUUGCAAAGGUCGCUGUUUCGAGAGGACAUUUGGGAAUUGUCGCUGUGAUGUUGCCUGUGUUGAACUUGGAAACUGCUGUCUUGAUUACCAGGAAACAUGUAUAGAACCAGAGCAUAUAUGGACUUGCAGCAAAUUCAGAUGUGGUGAGAAAAGAUUGCCAAAAAGUCGCUGCUCCUGUACAGAUGACUGCAAGGAAAAGGGUGAUUGCUGUAUUAACUAUGACUCUGUUUGCCAAGGUGAGAAAAGUUGGGUGGAAGAAAAAUGUGAAAACAUUAUUGAGCCUCAGUGUCCAACAGGGUUUGAAAUCCCACCUACCAUUUUGUUUUCCUUGGAUGGCUUCAGAGCAGAGUAUUUGCACACUUGGGGUGGACUUCUUCCUGUUAUUAAGAAACUACAAAAUUGUGGCACACACACUACAAAUUUGAGACCAGUAUAUCCAACAAAAACUUUUCCCAAUCACUACAGCAUUGUCACGGGUCUGUAUCCUGAAUCUCAUGGAAUCGUUGACAACAAAAUGUAUGACCCCAACAUGAAUGCUUCCUUUGCACUUAAAAAUAAAGAGAAAUUCAACCCAGAGUGGUAUAAAGGAGAACCUAUUUGGCUUACAACUAAGUAUCAAGGUCUUAAGUCUGGAACAUUUUUUUGGCCUGGAUCAGAUGUGGAAAUUAACGGAAUUCUUCCAGAUAUCUAUCAAAUGUAUAAUGGUUCCAUCCCAUUUGAAGAAAGAGUUUUGAGUAUUCUUCAGUGGCUAAAGCUUCCUAAAGAUGAAAGACCACACUUUUACACUCUGUAUUUAGAAGAACCAGAUUCUUCAGGUCAUUCAUUUGGACCCGUCAGCAGCGAAGUCAUCAAGGCGUUACAAAGAGUUGACAACAUCGUUGGCAUGUUGAUGGAUGGUCUUAAAGCAAUGAACUUACACAGAUGUAUAAACCUUAUUCUUGUGUCAGAUCAUGGAAUGGAACAAGGUAGCUGUAAAAAAUAUGUCUACCUGAACAAGUAUUUGGGGGAUGUUAAAAAUGUCAAAGUAUUUUAUGGUCCUGCAGCUCGAUUUAGAAUUUUUGAUGUUCCAGAUAAUCAUCAGACUUUUAAUUAUGAAGACAUUGCCAGAAAUCUUUCUUGCAGGGAAUCAGAUCAGCACUUCAAACCUUAUUUGAAACAAUAUUUACCCAAGCGUUUACACUUCGCAAAGAAUGAUAGAAUUGAACCCUUGACAUUCUACUUAGAUCCUCAGUGGCAACUUGCAAUGAAUCCAGCAGAAAGAAAAUCUUGUACAUCUGGAUUCCAUGGUUCAGAUAAUAUAUUCUCAAAUAUGCAAGCCCUCUUCAUUGGCUAUGGACCUGCAUUCAAACAUAAUACUAAAGUUGAACCCUUUGAAAACAUUGAAAUUUAUAACUUAAUGUGUGAUUUACUGAAUUUGGAACCAGCUUCAAAUAAUGGAACUCAUGGAAGUCUUAACCAUCUUCUAAAGAAACCUGUUUACAUACCAGAGCACCCCAAAGAAGUAAGCCACCUGGCAAAAUGUCCUUUUACAAAGAAAACAAGAGAGAACCUUGGCUGCUCAUGUGACUCGGCUUCAUCCCUAGUGGAUCUUCAAUCUGAGUUAAAUAUGACCACAGAAGAAGAAAAGAUGAUCAAACGUAACAUCCUGCCCUAUGGAAGGCCUCGGGUACUCCAAAAGAACAGCACUUUUUGUCUUCUUUAUCAACACCAGUUUGUAAAUGCAUACAGCCGUGACAUCACAAUGCCACUCUGGAGUUCCUACACAGUUGGAAAAAAUGACAGUUUCUCUGCAGAAGACUUUUCAAACUGUUUCCACCAGGAUCAUCGAAUACCUCCAAGUCCCAUCCAGAAGUGUUCAUUUUAUAAAAAUAACCCAAAACUAAGUUAUGGAUUCCUCUCCCCUCCACAACUUACUAAAGGCUCCAAUAACAGACAUCAUGAAGCUCUGAUUACCAGUAACAUAAUACCAAUGUACCAGAGUUUUCAAGUCAUAUGGAAUUACUUCCAUAAUAUCCUACUCCCAAGGUAUGCUGGAGAAAGAAAUGGAGUGAAUGUAGUCAGUGGUCCCGUGUUUGAUUCGGAUUACAAUGGACAAUACGACACUCCAGAAAUACGGAAACAAAACAGCAAACGCAUCAGUAAUCAAGAAAUCCUGAUACCCACUCACUACUUCAUUGUAUUAACAAGCUGCAAAAAUAAAACCCAGACUCCCUGGAGGUGUGAGAAUUCUUUAGAGACCCUCACUUUCAUUAUCCCUCACAGGACAGACAACAGUGAAAGUUGUGCUCAUGGAAAGCAGGAAUCCUUGUGGGUGGAAGAGCUGCUGAGGCUUCAUAGAGCCCGUGUCACUGAUGUUGAACUUAUCACAGGACUAAGCUUCUAUCAAGACAGAAAGGAGGCUGUCUCAGACAUUUUGAAGCUGAAGACAUAUUUGCCAACAUUUAAUCAAGAAGAUUGAUUUUAUUUUUUGCUUGCCAUAUUUCUUUGUGAGAGAACUUUAAAUUUCACGGAAAAAAAAAAGUAUACUAGAGAAUUCUAUUCCCAGUGCCGUAUAUUAGCAUGUUGAUGGGAAGCAUUCAGCCAAAAACAGAAUUGGAAAUUAUCCGUGUGACACUUGUAUCUCAGGGAAACUCGCUGGACCAAGCACAGCAUUAGGAGGGAACUCCUGAUGUCUCCUACAUAUAUGAAUAUGUAAGAAUGGCCUGCAUUGUUCCAGUCCUGGGAGGAGAUAUAGAACUGCUUUUCCACUUUUCUUCAUACUGGGAGGAGAAAAGCAAGUAAAUUAAAAAAUCUUCUGGAAGUCAGAUUUUUUUUUUUUGGAUGAUUAAUAUGCUCACAGUCUGUGGAAAUGAGAGUGAUUCUUUGACAUUCCACAUUGCAUUAGCAUUUUUUCUUUCUUUUUUGUUUUUGUUUUUGUUUUGUGAGGCAAUGAGGGUUAAGUGACUUGCCCAGGGUCACACAGCUAGUAAGUGUCAAGUGUCUGAGUCUGGAUUUGACCUCAGGUCCUCCUGAAUCCAGGGCUGGUGCUUUAUCCACUGUGCCACCUAGCUGCCCCCUGCAUUAGCAUUUUAACAAAAGUUUAAAAGGUGAUAUUAUCACUUCUAAUUUGGAGGCUUCUUUAUUUGUUAAUUGUAUAAAUAGGAGCAAAAAAAAAAUUACUCAUUCACUUCCUACAAAAACAGAAAUACAAAUCUUGGGAGUCAACUGAGUAAAGUGGAGAGAAGACUGAUCUUGGAGUCAGAAAUCAAUCCAGCAGAAAGACUAAGGUUCAGGUCCUUCCUCUGCCACAUCUUAGCUGUGUGACCAUGGCUAAGCCAUUUAACUUUUUAGUGCCCUGAGCAACUCUCUAGGAUUGAAUUAUAGACAAAAUGCUGAUGUACACUGGUGAAGUACAUCUUCACCAAGAUUUCUCCACACUUUUGAAAUGACACAUACCUCUCCAAACUCACUAAAUAAAUCCCAUGUGGUCCUACUUCAUUUUGAAUGAUUUUUAUAAGUUAUUAUUUGUGGGAAGAUCUACAAGUGAAUCAUGCCUAUUUAUUGUACAUUUUUAUUGUGGGGUUAAUUAAUAUCACAUCUUUGAUUUAUUCAAAGAGAAGCCCACUUGUAGUCUAGUUCAGUACAGUUAUUCCUUCCAUAUCAUGGCUUUCCCCAUCACAGGUUUCUAUAUAUCACAGGUCUGCAUAAGAAACUAAAUAGGAUUUGGGGGGGACUUUUGUAGAAGUUGCAGUCAACACGCAAAGGCCAGCUGAUGAUGCAGAAAAAGUUUAGGAACCCAGAAAUGCAUAAAGUAUAUGUAAAUUAUUAUAUAAUAUCAACAUUUUUCCCCUCUUUUAAUACCACAAUAACUGAGACUUCUUCUAUGGCAUGAAGGGAGAGCCAAACAUUUUUAUACAGAUUUUCCAGAUCCCUGGGUCUCUGCACCCCAGCCCUUGGCAAUGUGGAAGGGAUAACUAUACUACUGAACUGAGACAUUGGAAAGAAAAAAAUCCUUCUAUAUUCUAAGUGAUCAUUUUAAACUUUAAUGUGAGCUAGCACCAUCAGGGUGCAUCAAAUUUCACUGAAACAUCCACAGAACUCCCCAGCAAGGGUAAUAAGGUUUGUGUAGUUACCUUAUUCUAGCCAUAUUAGGUAAGGGAAAGCAGGCAGAAACCUUAGUGGUUGGAAAGGUACUUGUGUAGCUUCUAAGAGUUCAGUAGGCUUCUUACAGCUACUGAAUAAUUUCUUUUGGUACACAAUAUUGGCACUACUGUCUCCACCAUUUGUGUCUGUGAGUGGCUGUGCCAAUCUUGGUGAUGGGUCUGAAGAUACUAUCUCCAUCCCUCUCAAUCUCCCUAUGGAACAUGAGAGAAUAUAAUGAGCAUGAUUUUCUAAGGACUUACGUUAUUUUCCCUGGUCUCAAAUCAGGAACCUUUGGAGACUAUACUACAUUUUGGGACACCUAGUAUACUACUUAGUUUCUGCUUAAGUCCACCAUAUAUUUUUAUUUUCCCAUUCUGUGAGGUAGUCUAUUGACAAAUGACCACAAAAAAUCCACAUGGCUCUCAAAGGUACUCAAUUUGUGACUUGACAAUAGCUUAGUUAUUUGGAGAAUCUUGCUCAUUUACUUUUAUUUAUUCUUUAAAAGAACACACACACACAUGCAUGAUUUCACAAAACUAUGGUGGAGUCUAUAAGAAAAGCUUAGCUAAAUGUAUAGACCUCCUUAUCAUUGUGCUAUCAUGUCAUUGGGAUGCCAGAAUGGCUUGUCCCUCAUACAUGUAGCUUUUCCUCACACUACUAUUUUCUACCACUGACAUUAUUCAUUAGUGUCAAACAGAUCAGUUUGUUAUAAUAUGCCACUUCUUUGUUCUUCCUGCUUUGUA